AUGGAGUUUAGCCCCACUCAGGUUGAUGCUCUCUGCAAGUGCAUCUCGCCGGUAACGACAGGACCCAAAUGCAAGCGCAGGCGCAAGCGAUCGAACAUUGAAGAGAGAGCCGAUGCUGCCACGACUCGAUCAGCAUCUUCUUGUAGUGCCGAACCCGAGAACCACAUCGCCAUUCAAAAGUAUACUGCAUCCGCUUUGACCAGUCUGUGCAAAUGCGCGAUUACCAAGCCUGCUUCUACAACUAGCAAAAAGGCGACUACAACUUCUAAGAAGGUCACUACCACGUCAAAGAAGGUUACAACGACUGCUCAGAAGAUUGUUACGACCAGCAAAAAGGUUUCGACAACAACCAAACCUACGACAGUCCAGAAGCCAGUUACGACCAGCACCAAGAAGCCAACUUCGAUCAGCACCAAGAAACCAACUACAACAAGCACUAAGAAGCCGACUACAACAAGCACCAAGAAGCCAACCACGACGAGCAUCAAAAAGGUUACAUCGACAAGCACGCAGAAGCCCACUGUCACAAGCACGAAGAAACCUGCGACUACGUCGAAUAAGCCAUCGUCAACAAGCACCAAGAAGCCAACCACAACGAGCUCGAAGAGAUAA